AUGGCACGACCGGCAUCCCCAGACACCCGAUCUUCAGCAAGUGCAACAGAUUGCAUGGCAAGCACCAUUAGCACCACAGCAACCACAACAACCAUUGUAGCCGGGAUUACUGGAGCUGAAGUUGGAGGUUUUACCGAGUUCAAACUCGAUCCAUUUCUUGUUUCAGAAGCCAGCGCCGCACCUGCUCCUCACCGUCUUCGAGAAGCAAGACGAUCAUUUGUUCUUUAUCUUCAACCAAGUCCAAACACCCCGCUACAGAAAUCGCUCACUAAAUUUCAGGAACACUCUUGUAGAGCGCUUGGUCCUAACCACGCCCACAAUACCCCACCCCACAUCCCACUCUUGAGCCGAGUCGACAUUGAGCGUGGACCAGAUUUUGCAACCAAAUGGCAAGCUGUGGAUAAUUUUGUAAAAAUCAUUGAUGAAGAAAUGGCACGCUAUCGAAAUAUGUUGUCACCCCCUCAGUUUGCGGGGUAUGAUAUCCCAGAAAGGCCUUCUCGAUCAUUGAUGAUGCGCUUACUAUCUGGAUCAGGCUGGCAUAAAUUGCUUGGAGCUAUUGAGCAUCGCAUGCAAGGCAAAUGUGAGGCCCAGCCAAUGGAUCGACUCCUUUUGGCCUACAACGUGCUAAAGUCGAUAUCCCGCCCCACCUUGCACAGGUUGCGUGAGAUGGCAAAAGAAGACAUUGAUGUUGACAAUUGGGUUCUCACUGGUGGAGACUGGCAAGUGUGUCUUUAUGAAAUCAUGGUAGAGAGUGGUGUCCUUGGUGUCCAGCACCAAAUGUCUCAGAUCCGUACAUGGAGACUUGGUACACCUCACGAAAAAAACUCAAUUUGCCUUGUACCGACAUCUCUUCGUGUAAAAUUCUCGGUUUUCAUGGCUCGAUACAUGCCUCAGGAUCACACAUUCUAG